GCCGGUACCGCGAGCACCGUGUUCAUCGCGUUCCGUUCGAUAUCUCUUUCAAAACCAAAAAAAGAGGACUACCGGAAAAGCGCGAGUGUAUGUGUUUUUCAAUCGUCGGCAAUCGAGUAUUGUGAGUAUAACAUGACGUUUUCGGUCGCUGUCGGUCCGACCCGGCGUUGUCACAGGCCGCCGUGUAAGCCGGCGUAAUUUAUUCGGUGAAAUUUGUUUUUUUUUUAAAUAAUCAAACGAAACCAUCGAAAUUUCCGCAAUUAUCGUUCGACGAAUCUCGUAAUAUUAUCUAUCAUAUUUACAUUUACCUGCGAAAAAACUAUUGAAAAAAACUACCGGACUUAGCGAGAAGAUGGGACCGAUAUUCGUACUACUACAGCUGAUCCUGAUCAUCGGUUAUGUCUCGCCCGUGGAGGUACACUUUGACAACCCGGACGGAGGAUUCUUCGUUCGUCAUCCUCUGGGAACAGGCCGUCAGUCGCAACAACAGCAGUCCGACGAUAACGAAGGCGCCGUGCUGAGCAUAGACAGGUUUACAGUUUUACAGGAUGUGCCUCAGACGUCGAUCCGUGCCAGCUACGGGCCGUUUUCCACCAAGCAGACCGUGCCGUCCCGGUAUCUCAUCCCAGACCCGAGCGCCGCCAUGUCCAAUAAUUACAACGGCACCGGCUCACCGCCGUCCUCGUUGGCCGCCGACAUCUCGUCGAUGGACGUAUCCGCGCACCUCGUCCAGGAACACGUGUACCGCGAGAAUCCAGUGGUCAGGACGUUGUUCCACGUCGGCUACAGCGUGGUCAGGCCACCGCCGUCCGCUUCGGUGGUGGUCGGUGGUAUUGGCGGUAUCAGUGACAAGGGAGGCGCGACCGGCGGCCCUGGAUUGCGAUCGUCGUACGGGAAACUGUGUGCGGUAGCCAAGGCUACGUUCGAAGGCUCCGACCGUCCGGUGACAGCCGCCUGCAAACCGGACCCCAAGGACGGUGUGUGUACCGCAAGGCUGGUGUUGCCGGCCAAGUGGUGGCCGCCGAUGAACCCGCCCGACGCCAAGCCGGUGAAGACGCCACAACGAUACGUGCAGAUAUCGUACGCGCUGUUGGAGUCCGACCACAGGUGCAGUCAAUCGGACGUUCAGCUGCAACCGUUCACCUACAUCGGACAAGCCGCCUUGGAACAUGCCCAACGACCGUACAAAGAACUCAAGACGGACGCUUACCUGUUAACUCUCGUGCCGUCGGCGCCACUUUAUCCCAAAUCGUUUACGUACGUUCCCGUCUUUUUCGACGCCGGGCCCAAGGUACAGAACAUCAAAGGCUUCAUACUCAGAGCCAAAGUCAAAAACGGAUUGCGCGUUUUAAACGCCGAGAAUAGCGCUCCGGAUCGGUGGACCGUAAACUACACUUCGAACCCGAAAGGCACUCAGAUCACAGUGACCGCCGUGCACAAGGGUUUACCCAACAACGGGCAGACUGCUUGGCCCAAUUCCAGGUACGAAGAAGUGCUCCAGUGGUUGCUUCAGGUUGACACGGAAGCGGAGGACGUUUGGGACGAGGGACGAGUCGUGUGGACGGUGCAGUAUGUCAUGGAGGCUACUGGCAACAGUACCAAUUGGACGUCCGCCGCCGUGCCGCCCAAAGCAGACCGCCAUCGUUCCGCGUACAAACACCAUCGCAGACAAGCAGCUCUGGUAGCUGGUCAACGCAGGUCAGUAAGACGUGCCGCUGGUGCCACUAAAAUGCUUUACUUGGACGGAGUCAACGGCGUGCUGGACGGAGUCAAGCGUAAGAUAUCUGCUCGUUUUGAGAUACACAAGGACGACACGGAAGCCGUACUCCCUAUAUCCAAGAACUGGGAGAUCAUCAACACCGCCGUCUUAACCGGCAAGCAGAUAUCUCACGCCAUGAAGGUGUUCGUGGUGAGCUAUUCCGGUAAGAUUUCGGACGUUACCCGUCAGUCGACGUGUCAGAUGGAAGACGACAGCGUUCUAAAAGUCACUUCGUCAUGCAGUUCGGUGUACGUAGACGGUUCGGAGAUCCGGGGAUCGUCUAACGCCACGGUGAUCGUCAAGUACGAGACUUACACGGGCACGGCACACUUUAUUGUUUGGGUGCCGGAAAUCAACGAAAUGGACCUGACCAUCGCCGACCAGAAACUGAACCAGGUCAAAGGUUGGAGAGUGCCGGCUAGCGUGGAAGCCGACGACGACAUGGACGAUUACGCUAACAAGUUGAAGAGGUCGACCGAAAGCAAAGGCGGUUUAAAACCGAUAGAUUUCCGGCUCAACGAGAUGAUCACCGAGGACAUGGUUGCCGACGAGUACGACAGGAAGGCGAGCUGUCAGCUGAGAUUCCAGCAGACGUCUGUCGAGAUCUAUGCGAGAUUCAAGGCGACAGAUCACGAUUCUGGCCGAGUAAGUUACUUUGUCAACCGCAGGACAUGGCUGAAAGUUACCGAUCUAUUACUGCAUUACCUGAGGUCAUCCGAUCCCCGGGUGGCGUCCAUCACGGGACAGAUCGUGCGUGGCCACAACGUGGGCAGAACUGAGAUCCAAGUGAUAUCGGCGCUGUCCGGGCACGUGCUGGUGUCUAAGGAAAUCCGGGUGGUCAGCGACAAGGUGAGCGUGUCUAGACUGGCGGUGAACGUGGUGUCCGGACUGCAGCUGAAUAUCCGACCGGACGCGGCGGCCGACAACAAUUACAUAGCCGAGACGUCUGUCACCCGUAAACUGACGGCCAAGUAUCAAGAAGGCCUGCUGGACAUUGAUUUGUGGUUCUCGGACGAUACGCGAACGCCUUUGCGAUCCGUGGCCAUGGCCGAUUACGCGUUGCGCGUUGAGUCCAUCAACCCGGACGUUGUGGCGUUUGCGCCCAUGGCCGCGUCGCCGCAUCCUCGCGUCAUAGCCGUCGGAUCGGGCAAGGGACAACUAUUACGCGUAUCGUUCGGGCCGCCCGACGUUUGCGCUGGAGGUGCGGGCAACAGUGGUCGCAAGACCCAAAUGACGCUCAGCGAAACGGCCGCCGACGUACAAGUUGACUUUUCGUUGUCCCCGUACGCUGUAGAGCAGUUCGUGCAAAACGACGGCGGCGGCAGUGGAAUACUCAACGUCGGACCGCCCAAGGAAAAAAAGGAUCACAAAGAAAAAAUAGGUUUGACUGGCAUUAAAGAUGAAAAUAACGAUGAACCGACCGUACAAGCUCGCCAACAUAACAACAACAACAACAACAACAACAAUAACAAUAUGGUUGGCAACGCCGGGGGUAGUACUACGGUGCACGCUCACAAAGUCCAGACCCACUUGAGUCCCUUCGAGCUGGGCAUGUAUACACUGUUGACCACUUUGUGUUUCGCCAUCUUGGCCUUUGUCAUCGCCUGCUUAGUGUGUGCUUCCACGUAUAAACAGACUUCGUUGGAGGCGCCAGUUACCUGCAAAGUGACGAAGAAAUCUUUGAUGAGGAACGGCGGGGCAAAUGACGGUGGAUGCUCCGGUGCAGCCAAUAAACCUUUGUCUCAGGAACAGACUAUAAACGCCCACGACUGGGUGUGGUUGGGAAGAUCUACUCUGGAACGGUCAUCCGGCAUGCUGGUGCCCUCGAUGUGUAAUAAAUCGCACAACAACAGCAACAACAAUGAUAACAUGCGGAUAUUGUCGAAUCCUAUUUAUGGCGUUGACGACAACAGCAACCAGAGUUCAAAUGUUCCAGCAAUCAACACGUCCACUUAUAACGUCAAGAACAGACUAUCCCAGAACGGCAAUGUCGUUUUCAAUAAGCUGUGGAAAGUACUUCCGACGCCCAACGAUCAGAACCUAGAGAAGCCUACUGACUAUCGUCCACCUGUGCCGCCCCAUAGAACACAAUCGAACAUUUCUGCCAGAGUGACAGACACGUUAGACACCGACGAAUCGGCACCGCCGCCACCCAAACGUCAUCACCACCAUCAUCAUCAUCACCGCAACAAAAGUCAAGGCUGCAGCAGACCGUUGAACAGCGGCAAGGCACUGGAAAGGAACUCCGACCCGGUGUUCGUGGAGAACUGUCAUAGGAGGUCGAUGGACGUCAAGCGGGCGGCCAUCAUAGGCAACCCUAUGUUCGCAUUUGAACCUACGGCGUCGGCUGUUGAACAACAGCAACAACAGCACCUGCAACAACCUGGCUCGUCCGGCAACGCGGACACGAUCAAAUUGGACGACCUUAACCUGGGCAUGGACUACAAGCAACUGAUGGAGUACUUCGACAACCUCAAAGAGUCAAACGCUUGAGCGGCCGUCGUAAACCGAUCAACCCAUUUGCAUAUCCGUGUCGUCCCAGUUACCAGUAACCACGUUACAAUGCAAUAAAAUGCACAAGAACCUGCUUUUGCCAAAAACUACCCCUUCACCCUCACCCGAACAUAAAUUAUCUUAAACUUUAACUGCUUUGCCCUCGUCACCAAAGCGCACAAUAAUAACAAAAAUUAUAUUUUUGAAAAAAGUCAAUUAACUUAAAGUCUUCAGAAAACUAGAGUAAACCAAAACAGCUAUCGGCUUUUCCUCGCGAUGCUUCGGUUUAUAAAAUUGUUUUGUUUUAUGAUCACUUAUGGUUGUGAAACUCUCAAUUACAAAAUAUGCUCUUUUUGGUUGUCAUGUUGGGUUGUUGUUGUUGGUGGGGUAAGAAUUUGUGUCGUAUUAUAAUUAUUGAAUCUCGACCACCGCUAAAACUUUGGCCUUUCCUAAACUUAAUUUUAACACUGUCUUCUAAACGCCUGUCUGAUGUUUACUUAAAAACGUUUUUUUAUAAUUAUUUAUUAUUCUAUUGACAUAUUUUGUUUAUAUUAUAUCCUAAAAGUCGUAUUUGAACGUCCGUUUUAGAUAAAAUCUUUAAAGUCUUUAGAGUAGGUAACUCUACUAUUACUUAAACGGAAAUCUAAGCUAUAUUAUUUCUAUUAUUAUUGUACUAUUAAGUUUAAAAUACCCAAACAUUAGUUCCUCUAUGAUAAUUGUUAUCGUUAUAAAUAUAUGUACACUGGACAUCCAACAAGGAAUUACUCGUUGCAAAUUUUCAGUAGUAGUGAAGAUAUAUAUUUAAUUCUUUGAAAUUAAUUUCGCUAUUCGUAUACUAGAGCUAUUAUUUUUUUUAAAAAAUUGUAUGCUAAAGUAAAAUGCUAAUGGUGAAAAUGAUUAGAAAACCAACUUUAACAAGCAAAAUGUUAAUACUUAGACAAGAGUAAUUGUAAUUUCCCUUCUAUACUUCAUAUGUUUGCAUUGUGACUUAACACUACCAACUCAUUAAAACAUGUAUCAUCGACCAUGUAUUAUUUCAAUAGACCAUUAUUUUGCAAGUAGCUAUUUUAAAUUUACAAACAAACGUAAAUUAAAUUUAUUAUUUGGUAUAUAAAGAGUGAUGACUAUAUAGAAUUUAGGAAUUGAAAACUAGUAUAAAAACUAAUCUAAAAUGUAUAUCUACCUAUUUAUUUUAUUUAUUCAGCUAAAACAACAGCUGUAUACUUGUGGAUACAGUAUGUAUAUUAUGACAAAAAAAAGUAUAACCGUACUAUAGUAUAUAAGCUGUACUAAAAUAUAAUUUAAGAGCAAAUAUUUCACGAUACAUGAUUAUUAUUAUUUAUUUAUACACGGACAUAGGCUGUAUUUAAUAUUACUGAAUUGAGUAUAAACUUUUGUUCUACACGUCUCUCUCAAAAUGUUCCUAAUACUAAUGAUCUUGUAUCACUAUUAUAUUAAUGAUUAAUUUAUUUUUCUUUUAGAUAAAUAAUUUAACCCGAGCGUGUUAUGUUGAAUUUAAUUGUUAAUAUUAUUUAUUUUUUAGUUUGGCACACCUAUUAUAAAUUAAAUUUUGUUUUAUAACCUUUCAAAUCUAUCGAAGUUUUUCACUAUUCUAUUAUAGUAUAUUAUAGAGUGUAAUUAAAACAAUUAUUAUAAUAGGAAUACGUUACAUUUUCGAAAUUGUAAUCGUUUAAAAAAUAAUGUCACUUGUAUGCUCCUUAAACAAGAAAAUUGCUCUGAGCAGUUACCACAAAUAUAAUAUAAUGAUAUUACCGGUUCUAACAAACAUGAAAAUGUUUUCCAUAUUAUUGAGACUCCAACCCCCAAUCAGUUUAGGACUUAACCGUUUAUUUUUUAAUUAUAUUAUGCCUAUGUUUUAGUUUUAAAGUGCCAUAUUUUAUAGUAUAUUUAAUUUAAAAGUACAACUGGUUUGUUUAGUUUUUCUGUGAUAAUGUAAAUACUUUUAUUUAUUUAUUAAUUUUAAAGCUAUCGUUAUCGACAUCCUAUGUUUUUUUUUAUAAUUAGGUAUUCACUAUUUACCGUUAAAUAAAAACAAUUUAUUCCUCUUUUCGACAUUUUUUUUUUUUUUUUAAUUUUCGAAACCUAGUAGUGGAAUAUGGAUGAAAUAUAGUUUUAUUUAUGUAUUGUGAAACUAUUAAUUCCUUUUUAAAGGAAAGAGAAGACGUAAAACCUUUUCGAUUUUGCAAUAACAAAUCACAUGUCGUACAGCCGUCCAUAUUUUACAAUGUUGUGUAUAUAUUAAAAUAUAAUAUAUACAAAUUUGAUUAUUACAAAAAAAAAGUUACAUAAUUUACAUACUAUGAAUAUGUUACUAUAACUACUUAUAACUUAAUAUUUAUAUAAUAUAUUUGAGAAAUGCUAUUCUAAGCUAAUAAAAUCAUAACAACAUUACAGUAUAAUAUUAUUAUUACAAUGUAUAAUAGUUGUUUAUAAAAUAAUGCAAAACAAAUAUACCUAUUAUUUUCUAGUCAAAGUCUAUUUAUAAUUUUUAUGUUAUACAUUAUAAUUACAUAUUAUAUUCACGCAUACACUAAAAACUAUUUGUAAGUCAUAGGUUAUAAUAAUUUGUAAAAAUAAAUAUUGUUCAUCUUCCUUUUGGGUGCAAAGGUUUUCACGAAUAUUUAAAAAAAUACAUGAACGUAAUAGACUAUAGUAAUUAAUAUAAGUGUAAAAUUUAUCCGUGUUUCACUUGUUUUGUUUUUAAAUAUGAUAAUAUUACUAUUAUAAUAUAUGCUAAUGCGCAAAUGUCAUACGCGACUCAAUGAGACUGUUUUUUAGAAUAGAAUAGAAUCUUAAUUUUUUUUAUUAAUGUGCACAAUAUUUAUGUAUUCAUAAAUUUCAUACUAUAUUUUACGUACCGUUGCAUUGUAGAAAUUUAAUAACAACAUACACGUUCUCCAUUUUAUGAAACUUAUCACAACGCCCGCCAUAUUAUAUAUAAUAUGUACCUAUACUAUUAAAAUAAUACCGCAUGUAUGUUUAAGAUACUACUAUAAUCUAUUCAACAUGUAUGUGAGAAAUAUAAUAGAUAAUAAUAAUAUUGAUAUUGUUUUAACCACGGGACCUGGUUGUGAUCCUAUAAACUAUAAAUUAUAAUACUAUUAUUAUUAAUAUUAUAAAUAUAAGCUAUAUCAUUUCACUAUGUGAGAUUUUUAUAGCUAUUAAAACAUGUAUCGUAGUAAAAAUAAAAAUUAUUUGUAGACAACACUACAUUUUAAGCAUUGUUAUGUUGUAUGUGAGCAGAUAUAAUUUUAAAUAAACAAUUUAUUAAACUUGAAA